CUGCCAUGGACCCCGCCGUGGACCUCUCCACGGACCCCGCCACACACCCCCUGCGCGCCGAGGCCCGCGCUCUGCAGGCGGAGAUCGCAGCGCUGCGCCGGGCUUGCGACGACCUGCCCGUGCCCUGGAAGGAGGCGUCCAGACUCCAACCGUUACUCCGGAACACACAGCCUUCGGAUUCUGCGCAGUGGGACUCUGCAGAAGGUCUGAGGGCGCAGGUUGGACGCUUAGAGUCAGAGCUUUCAUUUUUAAGCGCUCUGACUGGCAUCAGCAUAGGAAGUUACUGGAGGCAGACGGAGGACCUAACAAGCACGGAGAUGGCAGAAAAGGGUAUAAAGAAAGUUGUACAGAAAUACAGACUAUCAGGAAAUUGCCACGUGGUUACAUUUCAACUCGAGUUUCAGGUUCUGGAAAUUCAGGAUAAAGAGAAUUCAUCAUCUGUUGUUACUGACUUCAACAUAAUAAUGGAGCCCACAGAAUUUUCAGAAUUAAGUGAGUUUGUAUCUAGAGCAGAGGAAAAAAGAGAUAUCUUCAUGUUUUUCCGAAGUCUACAUUAUUUUGUGAAGUGGUAUGAAUUUCGUAAGCGCACAUUUAAACAUUUCAAGGAGAAGUACCCACACACCGUGCGGCUCCCAGAGGGCACCGGCUCCCGCUACAUGAGCAUCUGCAGCACCAGGCGGCCGGGGUUUGCCUUAAUCGUUGUUUGGAGGAUUCAAAUAGAUGAAGAAGGGAAAGUCUCGCCCAAGCUGGAUCUCCUCACCCAAGUCCCACAGCAAGCUCUUGAGCUGGACAAAAACAACGUCACAGAGAUGGCACCUCUUAGCUUCCGGUCCCUGCUCAGCGUGCUGGGGAUAGAAGGUGCUGUGGAAAGCCUGAUACAACUGUUCUGUGCAGAGAACAAGUAGUUCCCGGACUGCAACCAUGCAGGCAUCAGACGGUGCGCUCGACUAUAAACACUCGCUAGUUCCCAUGGCGACCACGCCCUUAGAGGAUGCCUGCCAUGCAGUUAUGGCAUGUUAUGUAAACUCCCCUGACGUGGGAAGUAAACUGAGCCAUGCUCAGCACAAAAGGCCAAACAGUGGUAUGCAGAUAAGGUUUUUUUUAGGAAAAUGUACUGUCAAAAGUGGCUGGCCCACACCCAUCUCUCCAAGGCUGGCCCAGCUCCUGCCACCUGGAGGCUCUGGGAGGCAACAGCAGAUACAGCCUCAUUUCCAGAACAUUCCUCAGUAGCUCAAGGGAUUUACACCCAGCCAGCGGCAUCCUGUUGUGAGAAGCUGCAUUUCUCAGCUAAUUCCUCUUCUGAGCCUCAAAGAGAGCCUGCCUGGUUCCUUUCACAGGGUCUAGGUCACAGACACACACACACUCCCACCAACCCCACCCCAAUGUCUAAACAUCUCAUCUGAACCUGAU